UUUUUGCGCAGCCGGCUGUCUUCCUUUCUUCCCUUCCUUUUUAACCUUUUACGACCAGUGCCGACUGCCCAACUCCUAUUUAUAUUAAAUCAAAAAAGAUUCAACGACACCCACCCGCUGAAGACGAAGACGAAGACGAAGAAGACGAAGAAGAACAAGAAGAAGAGAGAGAGAGAGAGAGAGAGGGGGGAUCAAAAAUGUCCACCGUAGCUAAGAAGGGUUGGGAACAAUACAUGCUACAGCUCCAACUCCAUCCCCUGCGAACCAAGGCGAUCACUGCAGGAGUGUUGGCCGGGGUGAGCGAUUCCGUGGCGCAGAAGCUGUCCGGGAUCCAGAGGAUCCAAUUGCGGAGGCUUCUUCUCAAAGUGCUCUUCGGCUUUGCAUAUGGGGGACCUUUUGGGCAUUUUAUGCACAAGUUGUUGGACACCAUCUUCAAAGGGAAGAAGGAUAAGAAGACGGUGGCUAAGAAGGUGCUGCUGGAACAGUUGACUGUUUCUCCUUGGAACCAUUUGCUGUUCUUGUUUUACUACGGAUUGGUUGUUGAGAGAAGACCCUUUCCAGAGGUUAAGAAUAGAGUUAAGAAGCAGUACCCGUCAGUGCAGUUGACGGCAUGGACGUUCUGGCCGGCAGUCGGUUGGAUUAACUAUCACUAUAUGCCGCUCCAAUUGCGAGUCAUUUUCCACAGCUUUGUUGCUUGUUGUUGGGGAAUAUUUUUGAACCUUCGAGCAAGAACCGUCGCUUUGACCAAAUGACGGCUUAUUCCGAUGGCGCGGGGAGGCGCCAUUAUUUGCGGCUAUUGAGAUUCGCGCCUGAAGUUAUCUGAUGUUCCUUAUACGGCAUCUCUCAUUCAUCGGUAUAUGAAUUUAUUUCACUUUCUUCUCACUAGCAGUGAGGCUUAUCAGGUUCUCUCUUCUGUUCAAUGGUGAAGCAUUCAAACUGCCGUAAUAUUUAUGAAGGUUUAGUUGCGAAUUUAUGCCGCAGUUGCAAAUUUAUGUCGCCAUUUUGUGUUAAUUAUGAAUCUUGCUGCUUGAAUUUUUUGUUCGGUUUGCUUGUUGUGAAAUUCUGCAAAUGUAAGCUACUUAUUGUCCAAAGUGAGAGUGUGAGAUUUUGUAUAAUCAGAACCUGGAAAUAGAAAAUCCAUUUAUUAUUUCCGGGUGAAAAAGCAUAUACCGUUAUCUGAAUGUGUAGCAAAUUUUUAAAAA